AAAAGUCAGGAUAAACGGAUAAGAUAGACCCACGGCCACGGGGGGCCGCUCGCCGGAGGCUGUUGCUCCCUUCACGACGCCAGCGGCUAGCUUACCUACUUACCUCCAUGGCCGCCGGCGCCGCGGCCGCCGUACACCACCACCACCCUAUCGUGGCUUCGCUCCGCCCUGCUUCGAGGCGGCUCAGCAGUAGCACCGGUGCCAGCAGCUCGCCGCCCCAUCCUGCGGCCUUCCUCUGCUGCUCCGGUCCCAAGACGCCGAGCGUCCAGCUCCAGGCUCUCCGCGUCGCGUUCAACCCCUCCGGCAACUUCGACCUCUCCCUCUCCGACCAAGACGAUGCACCACAAGUUGAGCCUCCUCCACCACCUACCGAAGGGCGCAUCGAGAUUGUUAUCAACAAGGAUAUCAUCCGAGCACUUGACCUAUCGCCCGUCCAAGACGCCCUUGGCAACCUGAAUUCCCUAACUACAGCUCAAUCAAGAAAUCUGUUGGACCGAACUGUCGGUUUCACAAUAAACUACGAGAGAGAGGAUCCAUACGACACACGGGAGCUGUCGGAGUUCCCGGACGUGAGGCUAUGGUUUGUGAGGCUUGAUGCCUCCUACCCUUGGUUUCCGGUGGUGCUUGACUGGAGAGCCGGUGAGCUCGCCAGGUAUGCUGCAAUGCUGGUCCCUCACCAGAUGAGUAUGCGUCACGGCGUAGUCUUCAACCCUGAGGCGUUGGAGCUGUUUGGGAUGAAGAAAGUGUUCCUCGUCUACUCGUGGCUGAAGCAGCAGAAGCAUGCCAAGCCAAGGUUGAAGACGGGCGACAUGGCCAAGAUGCUCGGUUUCGGCAUCGGAGAUGAGUUGUUUGAUUUGAUCGAGAAGUACCCUGUUGAUGAGCUCUAGAUCUUUAUACUGAAACAGUUGGUGAAGAAUAGAUAUCAUAUAAUCCACAGUUACUUACUGGUGCUAUACAUAGUGUAUACCAGUGGUUCUUGUAUACAGGACAUCAAUGAAUCAGGAUGUAUAAGAAGGUAGUCACGCAAGGGAUAGUAUUUUGAGCGUAAAGCCUAGAGGAUUUUCCCGGGCAUGCAGCAUCAGAUGCUAAUCA